CGCUUCUUUGUUUUGUCGAUGAAUACUAUGAAACGAUCCUUCGUCCAUUUACUCCCUACCCAGCACGGUCUUCUUUGAAACGUGGUACGGAACCCGCGUGCAGUGAACUGGCUCGCGCGUGCCGCCGUUCCUCAACACUCGAGAGAUCUUGUUUUUCCCCUCUCUCUACCUUCCAGUGUAAACCCUCUUUUAGUCUGUUUCCUCGAGUGAAGGAACCCUCUGAAAAGUCGUUCGAUGACUUUCGUGUAGCUACAUUUUGCGUUCUCAUUGAGGGUGACUCCUCGUUCCAAGCCGGCUCUCGUCUUUCUGUGUCUUUCCUUGUUGGUGACUCUCUUACCCUUCUGUCGCCGCGUUUCCGCCUUCCCGCGUUCUCCACAAUCUCUCAAUUGAGUGCGUGCUUGCGCUUUUCCCGUUUCGUCCAAUCUGUGUCGGUGCUAAAACAAUGACUCUAGCUGUCAGGCGGCGGCCCGCCGGCACCUGCCCCGACCGUACGCGAGAGGUGACUCUUCGCCGGCACUGUCUAGAUGCGUUGGGCGGGGCGUGUCUCCGUUGCGGAGGUUUACAAAGGGAUUAAAGCGAGAAACAAAGUGGUCUUCUCUAAACCGUGCUAGCACAGUAGAACUGGGGUCGGUUAAACCAAGACCCGCGGACCGUGUUGGCUACGUGAACUACUCCCGUAUCGUAACUAGCCAGGGAAAGGUCUCACCUGCUUUUAACACCGCACACAUCAGCUGUCUCUCCAUUUGCUUUUUGACUCCAUGGAACGACUCCGUAAAAUGGAACGAGACCGCCUUCAUUGCUGCCCCCCCCUGGUAUUGCAUGCCGUGAGUACGUAGGGAGAAGGAAAUACUAACCCCGGAAUGGUAUUUUCGAGCACAGUGUGCGGUUAGCGCCGGCGGCGAGAAACCAUGCGCGGAGAGAAGACGCGGUCACCCGUCUACCUCCCGCCUUCCUGGGUCGACGAAGAAGGCCGACUGUGCUACUCUGCACACGUUCUAGAAAGCAUUCCGGAAGAGUCGGAGCCGCCUUCUUCGGUAACCUCCCGCUACAGCAGCUUCCACCGGGAACAGGGUGAGCCUCUCUCGUCAGAGCGGGCAGACGAAGAGCGUGCUCUCGCUUUCUCAAACGGCAGAGACCACCAGGGACGAGCAGAGGGCUGCGCGUCGGCAGUGCUUUUGAGCCAAGAAGGCGAGAGUGCCAGCGCAUGCGGUUUGCCGCCCGCCUUGGACCAUCAAACCACGUCCUCCGACUUCGAAUUUGCCCCGGACGGAUUUGGAGGCCGGGAGAAAAGAGAGACAGAGAAUGCAGAAUGGCAGAGGGAACAGGCAGACCACGGGGGACCUGACGCCGGUGCGGGAGAAGGCCGCGUCCUUGCUUUUCGGGGGCCAAGGCUUCCGUCCAGCGUUGUAGCAGACGGGCCAGACUCUUGUUCACGUCGCGCCGGAUCCGAAGGCCUUCAGAAUGCGCUGAGAGAGCCGAGCGGCUCUUCCGAGAGCAGUGCAACUGCCGAGCCUUUCGAGGUUCCCGGACUCUUGCCUUCCUGGCCACUUUCGGACAAGCGUGACGUUUGUCUCUCGCUUCUACGGGCUGUCUCCAGGGAAGAAUUGCGCGCGUGUGGGGACGAAGAAAGCUAUUCUGGAGAGACAGCCAUUUCGGUACAGUCUGAGGGCGGUUUGGCGAGUCUGCUGUCCACGGAUUUCCCCGCGCCUCCCGUAGCGAGUCUUUCCGUUCCAGAGCUGCAUGCAGAGGCAUCGAAUGCGAAGCGCCUCCUCGCUUCCUCAGUUGGGGAGCCCUCUAUGUUUCCUUUGCUCUCCCCAACAGCGGGGUCGCAGAGCCAUUUGCGUGCAUCUCCUCCGCCUUCGCCUACUCGAUCCGGUUUUCCGCAUCGCCUGUCUGCUGAGCGAGACGAAAGAGGCCUCGCGGGCUCUCUGGAGACCGCAGUGUCUCCUGCUGUCUCUUCUGCUCACAGCGAGGCCGGCUCCAGACUAGACAAGCCUCGUGCUGUGCGCAUGCCCCCAACUCUGUCCGGUGGCGAGAGACCCGUGUCUCGGAAGCCAGAUGCCGAGAGAGACACACGGAGAGAGAAGAGAGAGACGGCCGGGGGGGCAUGUGCGGCCCUCGAAAACGCGCCAAAAAGAGCAAGCGAGCAGAACGGCUGGGAUCUGGUAGAUUCGUCACACUUUUCGUCUUCCCCGGGAGUUUUGUGGCUUUCGUCCUCCCUUCCAUUCUCCGUCUGGGUCGCAAUUCGUUUUGGCAAUCUCUCUUUGUUCCUCGAUUUCCAAGAUGUCCUCGCUCUCUCUGGCGCCUCCUUGCUGCUUCGCCUGCUUCUCUGCGGCUCCCUGCCGUCUCCUCUCGCGUGCUCCUGCGGAGGCGGCGAGAAGGACGGGGACACUGCCUCGGAGAAGAAAGGCAAAAUUUUCCAGAGCAUUUUCUCCCCAGACGAGCCGGGCGGUUGCGGCGGCGAGGCUUCUCCGCCCAAGGGUCGACGGCAGGGAGGAGGGCGAGGGACAGAGAAGGAUGGCGGCAGUGAGGUCUGGAGAUGCAACAGCGCGAGACGAUCGGAGAAGGGAGAAGAAGGAAAGCCGCGAGGCCGGUUGGCCGGAAGCUACCUGAGAAAAGAAGAAGAGAUGAGAAGGGAGUGGAGCCAGUUCAUGGACUUCGCUCGGAAAAGGAAAGCAGAGAAAGCCGGCGAGAAGGCGAGAGCCAGCCGCCAGAAAGAUGACUCUGUGGCGCUUCCCACCGGCGUCUUCAGCCACAUUCGCGUGACGUCUUCGUGGGCCAAACUGGAUGAGAACUUUGUGCGAGAAAUCUUCAAGCGAGCGACGCAGCUCUCAGUCCUUGAAAUUUCGGUUCGCCAGGACAGGUUUGAAUCCCCUUUCAGCGCCUGUCGACGAGGAGCGACAAUGCGGUCCGACUCCUGUCCUUCAUUUCCUGCACCUUCUGUUGGUCCACCUGCACCCUGUUCCUGUCGAUCUUCCGCUUUUCCGUGGGGCCCAGAACGGCGUUUGAUGGCUUGCUUGGAACGCGCUUUUUCCGCUUUCGUCGAGAACCGCCAAACCCUCGAGUCGUUCAGCCUCCACAUUGAAGGCGAAGACGCUCGUUCCCCGUUCUCAUGCUUUCCAGUCUCCCGACUGAGCUCUUCUCUAGCGCCGUUCUGGCCACCUUCUUUUCUCCAAACAACUUCGUCUUCUCUGUCUGCUUCUUUGUCUGUGUGUUGUCAGUCGCACUUGGGGGACCUGUGGAAGACACCCGACGUGGAGGCUUCUGGAUUGCUUUUUCCUCGGCUACGGACUUUCUCGUCGAGGGGGUCCUUUGGGAGUCUGCUUUUGCUUUUCCGCUCUCUUCACGCGUGCAGGCACAGCGACGUCUCCUCUGUGCGCUCGCCUGGACUAGAGCAGGGGGGCGCUCGAGCGCAGAGGAGAGAGCAAGAAGGAAGGGAAGGCUGCGAGGAAGAAGCAGGUGGUGGCAACGAGACUGUGUCUUUCUUGGGGUUCUUCAGGUCCUGGCUGACAGGGAAAGAAUGGAAUUCCAUCGAGACGAAGGACUGCGUGCCAGGGCGGAAGAGAGACGAGACACACAGAACGUUGAGGGAGGAGACGACAGGCAGAAUGUAUUUCGAGACCGCAGCUCCCAGGCUUGUGUGUUUGGAGAUUUCGGAUCGGUCAGCGUGGUUCGACCUUUCGCUUCUGCUUCCUUUUCUCUCGUCUCAAAAACCUCAGUCGGCGUUUCAAGGCGAGGAACAUUCGCCUUCGUUUUCAUCCUCCACCUCUUCCUCUUGGGGUUCCUCCUGUUCUUCUGCGAAGAGAAAAGAACGCAAGGCGGGGCCUACAGGGCUCGAGUGGGAGGCGCUGUCGUUUCUUCGGGACCUGGCGCCCGGCCUCUUUCACUUCUUGGGUUCUUUGAUUCGAUCUUCUCAUGCGUCGCUGCAUGCGCUGACACUUGAUUUCGCUCCGCCGCUUCUCUUUCGGCAAGGGGGGUGCUUCUCUCCUCCUCAACCUUGUUCUCCACUCUUCGCACCCUCGUCGUCGCCACUGUAUUCCGUACGGAGCGCGGAGACACCUGCGAAGAGACGCACAUCGGAGGACGGGAAAGGAUCUCCUUUCUUCGAGAACUGCAGCCCCCUCUCGAGUGUGUUGCUCCUCUCAGACCAACUCUUCGCCUCUCUCUUCGCUUCGUCAUGUCCGUCCUCCCUGUUUUUGAGCGACGCAGCAGCAGGACGCGUGCCAGGCGGAGAAAGCAGGGAGGAAGAAGAGAGGGCAGGACGAAGGGGAACACAGAGGAAAGAAGAAGGAGCAUUCGAACGAAGGCAAGAGAGAGGAGAAAGAGGAGAGAACACAGGUUUUGGGAGGUCGAUGCAUUUAACACAGGCAGGUUCCCAGGGGGCAGAGGCGCGUUUUUCUUUCGGAGGCUUUUUCACAGCCUCCGAAAGCGAUGCUUCGUAUCUCAGUGCCUACCUCUGGCUGUUGAGUCUCAUUUUUCCAACCUUUCUCUCCGACUCUUCGUCGUCCUGCACGUCUUUCUCGUUUCUUUCCCUCGUCUGCCUCUCUCUCAGCGACGCAGUAGCUGCAGGAAAGGCCCUCAGCCUCGCUUGUUCGCCCGACAUGAACUCCGCUUGCAGUUCGUCUCCUCAUUCGCCGUCUCCUCCUCGAACUUCUUCUGCUUCCGCGUUGCCUUCUUCGCGCCGUCCUUUUCCCCUUUCGUUCGGCCUCUGUGACGACCAGAUUGACAAGACGCGAGGGCCGACCAACGACGAGGUCGAACGGCGAGGCAGAGAGUGGAAGAAGAAGCUUCCUGUUCUCGAGGAAAUCACUUUCACCUCGCCCUUUUGUCUUUUGGAUCUUGAGCACAUGGAAAGGGAUUUCCAGGGGAAGCCUCGAACGCAAAGGGUAGAAGGAGACUGCCCAACGUCUUCGUCUGGCCUAAAAAGAACACAGCAGGCUCCUUGCUCUUCUUCCUCUUCUUCUCUCUCUGCGUUUUCUACACCUCCUCCUCCUGGCUCUUGCGUGACCUGUUCUUCGUCAGUCGCUGUAGAGUUCCUGUGCGAAAUGCUGCGGGUUUGGCUGGGCGAGUUGAAGAGGCGAGGCCCAAGUACGGGAAAUGGAGACAUUUGUCGAAGGCGCCGAGUCUGUUGCGCUUCUCUGGUUCUUCUGGAUCCGUUCACCCGUUUGUCUUCGUCUGCAGUCCAGCAGUUUCUUCAACUCGCUGCGCCUUCGCUUUGCCACCUGGUUAUUCGAUUUCCGUCCUCUCAACGAGUCUCCCUCCUCGUUUCUAGAGAAAAUGUCUGUCUCCUGUCUUCUCCCUCUUUUUCCUCGCCUUCCUCUUCUUCUCUUUCGUUCCCUCUCUGUUCUUGUUCCCCUUCCCACUCGUCCAGAUCUCCUGAGACAGUCGCCCCUCCACAGGAGCCUCGGGGGCGCGAGUGCAGGCCAGAAGAAGAGCGGGGAAGAGAGAAGCGAGGAGGCAGAGUGUCUCCUUUUGGAUCGGCUGCACGGGAGGGCGACAGAAGAGACGGCGCCGCGAAGCUUGCGUCACCACAUUUUGCGUUUUUCAAUCUCCGGUCGCUUCAGGUAGUCAAUUUCAAUCCCCUGCUUCACCAUAUGCUCUCAGAAGCUACCUUUGCCUGGGGGCGAUGUGAGAGCUCACUCCGCCCCUCCACCUCGCUGUCUUGUCCCCCUCCCCACACGCCGACGCCUUCUUCGCCUAUGGCUUUGUGUCUCCUGUGGGAGGACGAAGGCGAGGAAGAGUGGAGCGGGGAGGAAGCGGCCAUCGCGGCCGUGAACGGAGACCGGGGCGAGACAGGCGACCGCAUCGAUAGCGACCAUGGGGAGGCGAUGGAUUUUUCUGUCAGGCGGAGGACUUCUUCCUCGCGCUUCUCUGACUCCUGUGGUCGUCGUGGACGACGCCCCCGGCCAGACGAGAGAGAAGGAAGCGAGGCGAAUAACUGGGAAUACAAGAAGGCCUUGCAGGAAUACCUUGCUGUGUGCGACACACUACGAAGACACAGGCGGUUCGGCACAGAGCUCAUCCACUCCUUUAUCUCGAAAUUGCCUGAGUUCUCUCUCAUUCUCCCGCCCUCGGGCGUACAAACAGCUCGGACUCUUGCCCUUCUCUUCUCGCCGUCCACCUCUUCUCUGUUCUCCGUGGAGGUCUCUCGAAGCCGAACCACAGGCCUCGUGCUCCCGCUCUUUAUGACUGUGAAGACUGCAACAGCUUUUCGACCGAGAAUACGAGGAACAUGCGCUUCUCCACCGCGAAAUGGAAAAGACGCGGGCGGUUCCACGCCGUCCCUUCCACAGCCCUCAGCGCCCCGCGAGGCUCCUGCUGGCUCUUCUGUUUCUUCCGUCUGUCACUCGCCGUCGCGUUCCCGUCGCUCCGUGCGCCUCUCCGAGCAUGUCGGUAGCGAGGACGAAGGGUGUUCGUUCUUUGUUUCUUCUCCAGAGCUGGAGCGGCUCGUGGGGGUCUUAAAGCUGCUGACCGCGACCGCACUGAUUGAGCACGGCUUUCUGUUUCCUCUCGAUUCUCCGGACUUCGUUUUCGAAAGAGAAAGACGGACGCUCCGAGACGCGAGAGCCGGACUCGACGACGCGGACCAGGACUUGCAAGAGAGGAAGAAAAGGGGAAGCUGGGACUUUCUCCCAGCCCUCUCGUUCACCCGAGCGUCGGCGACAGAUGCGGGAGAGAAGCACCGAGUUCAAGCAGACAACUCCGACGCAACUCUCCCGCACACUCUGGGAUGGCCUGCCCCCAUUCCGGAGACAUGGAGACAGAGGGUCUCUCGUUCUUUCUCUUUUCUGUCUUUCUCAGAACCUGAUACAAGUCCCCCAAAGGGCGAACCGGGAGCGGCCGGUCGGCGUCGUUUCGGAUGGAAGUCGCCUGAAGGAGACGAGACGGCUGGGCAAAACCGAGACGGUUCCGAGGUGGGCUAUGAAGGCGAGGAGACAGAGCGACAGGUCCCUUCGACAGGGAGGCAGGAGAGGCGAGAUCUCUCUCCUUCUGGGUCAGAAGUUCCCUUCUCGAUGAGGCUCGGCGCACCGUCGCUGGCCUCCAGUUUGGAAGUCCCUGCUGUUGUCUCAAGGUCAUCCACCGAACACAAAGAGAGAAGCGACGGAACGGACGUCCACGCACCCGAUCGAAAGCGACGUUCUCGCGUUUCUCUGCGUCUUUACGAUAAGGCGAACAAUCCUAAUUCGACGACACCCCUAAUCCGUCCUUCUUCUUCUUCGACGACCUGGGUGCAACGCUUUGUUGUCCCCUUUUGCUCGCCUUCCUCUCCCUUGUCUUCUUCAUUAUCGCCUUCUCAUUCUUCUUUCUCGCCUUCUUCUUCUUUUUCUUUUUCUUCUUCUUCGUCUUCAGUGGGAGGCUGUGACGAGAGGGGGAUCGAGCGCGGCUGGGAGAGAGACACUCGGCGAAAUUUCUCUCGAGGUCUGUCGCGGAAUGUCGAGUGCAUGCGUCAGUUCAAGAAGCAGGAGAUCGGACUCAAGCCGACUGAAGCCUCUCUGCGUUUUCUGCACCAACAGCUGGACGGUGUGGGGUGGGAAGGACCGCCGCAACGCGAGAGAUUCCUCGAGGCUGCGCAGCCUUUUGGCCCAGAGGCGGAGCAGAGUCGGCGAGUCGACGCGGAGGGCGGAAGCGCCAGAGAGAAGAGCGGAGCGCGUGGACGCCAUUCCCCUCACGUUCCAGCUCCGAGAAGACGGACGCUUCUUGAACAGCGCCUGGAGAAGGCAGAGCUGCUUCUGUGGAGACAAGAGAGGGGACAACGCGCGAGCGGUGUGGCAGAAAACGAAGAACAACAACGAGGCGUGCGACCAGCCGAAACAGCCGAAACAGCCGAAGCAGCCGAAGCAGCAGAAGCAGCAGAAGCAGCAGAAGCCGAGGGAGAAGAAGGAGGCUCACGCAUGCACUCUCUUCUGUCGUCUCCCAGGACAGAGAGGCUCCCUUGCAACCUUCAGAAAGAAACCAAAGGAAGCGAAGCAAAGCGACUAAGAGGGAAGGAGAGACGCUGCGAACCGGGAGAGCUUCUUCCUUCCAACUCCGUCGCUUCAGAUCGAAGAAGGCACUCUUUCUCGAUAGACAAGUCUGAGUUUUCCCUCAAUCUACGAAGCGUCCAACGCCUCGCCGCUUCGCUCUCGGGAGCCUUCUCAGACGUCAGGCGCUCCGCGUCCACCUUCCUUUCUCAACAGCACACAGACAAAGACAGAGAAGACGAACUCGCCAGAAGAGAUAAGAGAGAAGGAGACAGAGAAGACGGCAGAACAGAAGAUCGAAAAGAAGACAGAGAAGAAGAGAGUGAAGGAGAGAGAAAAGACAAAGAAGGGCAAAGGAGACGGGAUGCGGGUCGGUUCACGAGCAAGUGGAGGUCGUUUUUUGUGUUGCCUGGAAGAGAGAAAGAGGAGGAAGGACGAUGUCUGGAAAUGGGGCGUUCGAGCAAUUCACCGCGGGUGCGUCUGAAGAAACGAGGACGCCUGCUGAAUCGUCUGCAUCCUUACAGCAGCAUUGAGACUCUUGAACUUCUCUUCAUUCCUCCCGCUUUGCCAUCCGCUUUUGCUCCUUCGAGCUCCAGUUCCCCUUGCUUUUGCUCUUCUCGUUUCCGUGUUUCGUGCUCAUGCUCCUCGCCGUCGUAUUCUUGUUGUUCUUGUUCGUCUUUAUCGUGGUCUUCCCCGUAUCGCGUUUCUCUCGUGUACGCUCGAAACGAAACGAGAGCCCUCUGCCGCCGUUUGUUCGCGUCAAACAGUCUAUAUCGAACUGCGUUAAUUCAGAUCUUCCGGUUUACCCUUCCUCGUCUUCGCGUCUUCCAUCUCGCACUUGCUAGCCAUCUCUCUUCUUCUCCAUCUUCCUCUGCUUCUUCACCUUCUUCCUCUUUUUCUUCUGCUCUGCUUCCCGCCUUCUCGGAACGGAGGGGGAGCGCGGAGACUCGACAUGCAGGCCCAGAGAGACGCGCAUGUCUUUCCCCGCCUUCCUCGUUUUCUGCGUGUCGCCCUGCGUCGUGCGCCUGUGCGGAGGAGGACUGGCACUGGCGUCUGCAGCGAGCUACGAGAGACGCCGAAGACGACAGACACCUUCGCUCUGUCUUCCGAGCGCUGGGGUUCGCCGGGCAAGAGGCUGAAACGAGCGAAGACUGGGUCUCCAGGUCAGCGCCCCAGUCUGGAGACUUAUGUCCCCCACAACAUCUCCGAGACGAAGCAGAUUCGCGUCACUCUUCCCGCGUCUGUCUGUUCCUGGACCGAGGCCCUCGAGGUCGGGAGUCGCCCGCCUCUCUCUCUGUCUUCCUCUUCUCCGUCCACUCGCUCGCAGUCUUCGUUCGCAUCCAACCGCCUGCCCUGCGCCUUUCGGCGUCUGCGGAGGAGGCGCCUAUGUCCCCAUCUUCUACCGUUCCAGAGUCUUUGCCCGCCUCCGUCCAUCCGUCGCCCCGCGCGCCCUCUGCGUGCUCCGACUCCGUCGCCUCUCCGCGUUUCCUGCGAGUCUCUUCGUUGUCCGCCCACCGGCUGGGCCGACUUCCUUCUUCUGUCUCUCUCGCGUACUCUGCGUUCGCCCCCGAGUUGAUUUCCGGAGCGAUCUCCCGUUCGUCUUUGCUCUCACGUCACCUCUUUCCUCUCUUGCGCUGCUCGUACUCUCUCUUCGCCGUUUUCGAGCAAGUCGAGAGAAGCCGCAGACGCCUCCGUCUGCUCCUGACCGCCCCAGGAGAGGCCCCCAACAGGGUCGCGUCUCAAGUGAGGAAUGCCGUUCUCGCUGCUGUCGACGUCGUUCUAGACGAGGUCGAGUUGACGAGAAAUCCCAGAGCAGAAGAGGCAAGACACCCGAGCGACGAAGAGACACGACAGUGAGAAGACGAGACAAGAAAUUUGAGAGGAACUGAGAAAAAAAUUCCGAGAGAAAAAGAGACAGGACAGAUGUGAAAAGAAGCGCGACAGCGUGGAGAGAAACGACAGAGAGGAGAGGAGGCACAUGUAGGGCAAAGAAGAAAACUGAGGAGAGAGUGAGGGGAGAGAGAAACCAGAAGAUGGAGAAGAGAAAAAGGCGAGGAGAACGCGAGGGGAGAGAAAAAGGAGAGAGGUGAAACUGAAGUAUAAGAGGGGGGACAGGUAGAGGGUGCCAGCGACGAGAGGCGAUAACGAGCAUGAGAGAUAACUCUCGAGCAAUGAACUUGACGCAAGACACAAUGGAGGGAAAGCGACCCCAGGGAAAGUAACGACGACAAAGAAGGUAGCCGUCAUAUAUAUAUAUAUAUAUAUAUAUAUGCAUUUGUGUAUGUGGGGACCAGGCUCGUCCCUUUGUCACACGGCGGUUUCUCGAUUUUUUUUGUGAACAAGCACGCAGGUUUUGGCUGUUCUCAACUGAAGACCAGAUGUUUCUCGUUUCCUUGUCAACGUGUGAAGGGUGAGGAAUUGCUUUCAUGCACGGUAUUUUUGGAAGUGAAGAACGUUCUAAAACGCAGGACCCCCGUUCUCUGACCCUUUGCAUUUUUCAGGGGCAGUGCCUGUUUCCAACAGAAGAAAAUCGGCUGUGUUCGCCUGCUCGGCUGCAGGCCUCAGUGUGCGUUUCUCAUCUGCCUCCAACAGACUUUUCCAGUUUCGAAUUUCGGUGUCGCAGCC